UUGCUCUGAAUAAAUUCGUAAAAACCGUCGUUUUUUUAUACUAUAUACUACUUUGUAUACUAUAUUUUUUUGUACUAGUUUUAUAUAUGAGUGGAUACAGCGAUACCUACGAACGACUCAAAUCAAUAGGCGUGUGGACAAAUCAUUUUAUUGCAAUGUAUUAGCUAUCAAUUUGGCAACUAUAUUUUGAUACAAAUUCAAUAUUAAGUCCGAAUCUUUUGGAGUAAUAUUUGGUCGCAAAAAAAAGUGUAAUACAUGCCCAAAAAUAAGUCUUUUUUUUGUACAUACGCAAAUGUGUUGUUGUAUGUAACAACGGUCGGAAAUUUUUCUUGUUUGAGUAUACGUUAGUUAACCCGUUCUAACUGCGGGCAAAAUGUGGAAUAGUUGUGAGCCUAGGCAGAGCUACCUGCUUUUAGGUAAUAUGCAACGCGCGUACCAUCACGGAGAAUGUCCCCUAGUUUCUAAUGAUAUUAUACCUCACAUGCAAGUUAGAAACUAAAAGGUGGAACGCAACGAUGCUAACGAGAUAACACGGCCUUUUCGGUAUUAAUUUAGCUUUCAUUGAAUUUCUGCAGACGGGACCUAUGGAUACUGCAAAACGUAAAAAAAUUUGAUCAUGAUAUAAUUAAGGCCUGUAUGUAUUUUAAAACUAUUUGGAUUUAUAUAGAAACGCAUAAUUAAAUAACCUUUAGAAUGUAUAACCUUUAGAAUUGUGCCAGAUAGCUCAAAUUCGCAUUCUUUCGGCUUUAAUCUAUAAGCCAAGUUUUGGAUUGCCCUACAUUUCUUAAUUCGACUUCAAAUUUAAGCAAAACUCAAUUCUUCUAAUGCCCUUAAGUGUUAGCAUAACUGUAGUCUACCCUUAUAAUUGAGUAGUCUGCUAGAACUGGGUUUGGUCGUUUGUUUCACGCUCGAGAGACCUCACGCUACGCAUGGGUUACGCUAACCUGGGCAAACUUACAAGUUGGAUUUGUCCGCGGGUACUUCAGUCACUGGCUGAAUAUCCUACUCGCACGGGGACGUUUACCAUUUUUGUCGAGCUAGGAUACAACUGCUAUUGAAAGUUUUCGUGAUAUUUCGCAAAUGCUGAAGGCUAGCUUCGUUCAACAGUAACCUAGUGGAUGCCUAAUUCUCUAUUGUUUCAUGUUACUUUGCGGAUAUUGUGAAUUCAGGCGAACGUCAAGGGAUCCUAGGGCCAGGUCGCAUCGUGUUGUGCAUCGAUAAUAUAGUAUCCAUUCUUAUGCAACUACCUACACAGUUCUAACUGCUGAUUUAAUUGACACACAUGUACAGCAUAUGCAGAUCGAACCGCUGUCACCAAGGCUAUAACGAUAGCCAGUAACGUUCGUCUGUUUCGAAUCGCGUUUUCAAUAUCGUAGGUUCGCCUCUUAUGCGAAACACGACCAGCAUUUAACAUCGCUGUCCACAUAGGGAUACUUUGGUGUACUGUCAGAUUAGCCUUCAACGGACGACACUGAUAGCGAAAAUGCACUUAUAGCAGUACAGCGUGUACUUUAUUCAGUGCAAGUAAAAACAGGUAAAGGUUGGAUACCAAUUGCUAAACAUCUACAGGUAAACCUCUCUUAAACAGUCCAGUGUUCACAUUGUUGGUGACAACAUGGAUUACAAAUUGUAGGCUAGUCCAGUACCAGAUAAGUUUAAGGUGGCUGUAAUCUACUACUACUAAGGCAGGUCCUGUGAGGAUCUAAAAAGUUUUGUCGAAUUAAAACAAUGUUCGUUUCGUUACGGUAUAGACGACACCAAGUGUAACCAACGAUUUAAUUCAGUUGUCGAAAAAAGGCAAGAUAUAAAAAUCGUGCGCGGGUGAGUCGCUGUGUGAGGUAGCUCCGGUGUGUUUCUGCAAAUAGGAGUCCGAAUAAUGGACAGAAAAGAAAAUCUAGUGGUCGUCUCAUGGGCGCUCGUGGCCGGAGCACUACUUGUUGGUGUUACACAAGGUCAAAGAAGCGGCAACAUCGGCAAAUAUCAGGGUAAACGAUUAGGUUGUUACCAGUGUGACGCCGAUUUCACUUUCAACGCAGAGCCCUAUGCGCACAACCACAGUUGUCUUGUUGGUCCUUCUGACCCGAAGGAGAGAGAACGGGGAAUUGCACAGUGUAGCCAAAAUUCGAGAUACUGUAUGGCGGAGGUAACACGGGUCAACCGAGUGCUGACGAAAUUCUCACGAAAGUGCGCCGAUGACUGUGUCACCAGCUGCCUACAAAACGGAUUCGCUAUGGAUAAUGAGGUUUGCACGUAUUGCUGUGAGGCAUUCGCGUAUUGCGCUGAAAACCGAAAUAAAAUUGAGAACAUUCACAAGAAUUUUUAAGGACAACGAGCUAGAGAACAAUGGCACACUGACUCAUAUUUAUAUAUCAGAGAAGAGAGACUCUUCAGUUACUAGACAAAUGUAGAAAGACAGGCAGUUAUCGUGGCUGAAGCUACAUGACUAGGUGAAAACACGAUGCACCACUUCAAGUUGACCAGGAAUAAAUUUGGUGAUAAAUAAACUGUUGUUCUAAUAAAACACUCAGCAUGUUGUCUGUAUAUGAGUAAUAUUUUUAAUGAAUAUUAAUCAAUUCAUCUGAAGUAGCAUUGAAACAUUUGAAAUUUUAGGGAAUACGUAUGCGUUUUAUAAGUUACUAAUGCUAGUCAUGAUACCCUUUAUUUCCGACCAUCUCUUUCUUUCAGACAGAUUUCCUUAUGAUAGCUACACAGAACGUUUCCGUGGAUAUUUGUCUAAAUUUAUGUUUAAGUACCAGUAAUGUAAUGAAGUACAUAAUUUUAUCUUAAAUGUUCUUAAGUGGAAGUUCUCUAUCUUAAGUGUUACAUCCUACACAACUGCUAGGUUCAUCUGUAGAGCAUAUUUAUCUACUGUAUCCAAUAUGUCUCGUAUUUUCCUGCAUGUUGUGCAUCGUCCGAUACCUGAGUGCAGGUCUUUUGUAGAACCUACAGAGCAUGCGCGCAGGCUAAUCGAAAGUAUUUAUCACAAAAGUGCAACUAGCAAAAGCUCAUUUUGUACUCUUACUACUUCGGCUUCUUUUCUCGUUAGACUUUUAUCAAAUAUCCAAUAAAUUUGUAUGAAAAAUAUUUUAUACGCAAAUCAGAAAAACACUGCUUGAAGGAUAGAUUGUUCUAAUUCUGUCUCUUUUACGGGCCCUCGUUUACCUAAAGACAAUCAACAAACAAACCCUGUCAUGGAGCCUAACCAAAAAAAAAGCUUUAUGGUUAACAAAAAUAACGAAGGACAACUAAAUACUUUUCGAAUUUUUAAGAAGCUAUUGCAUUUUGGAACGCUCAAGGUUUAAGGUUUAGGCCCGGUCCUGCGAACAAACAAAAUUUUUACGUCUACUCACCACUGUUUCCAUUGUGGAAUCAAGAAUUAGCUACAGUCUGCUCGCUUUCGCUCGCGUGAUGAACUGCCAGUCGAGCUCAACAGCGUUGAAAACAGACGAUAACUGUACAAGUUAAAUCUAAAGUGACCUUACUUGAUUUUUUUACAAUUUGAUAUAUCGGAUUUACUCAUUAUUGUAAAGUCUGAAAACCUUUCGGCACUAUUCCCGCAUGAUUGGAUCAUCCUUCCUAAAAUUAGUAGGAUUUCCGAGUGUUUGUGGUGUCUAUCUGGUGGACUACAUUGUAACUAUGAAGUGUCAAUAAUAUCAACAAUAGUUUCUGACGAGUUGCUCUACGCACUUCCUACUAACGUAAGGUUCUUACCACGAAAAUCGUUGGCAAAAAUUCCGUUCGACUUGCAACUGUCCGUACUUCCCAAGCUUUAAACAAAGGAAGGGUCCAUGAGCAUUCUAUCUGGACAAGAGACGAAUCGCGUGGGAAAUAAGUUUUUAUCAAGUCAUGCCCUUCUGAAUUACAAGUGUUGGUUUUAGAUGACCGGAUUAAACUCCAGUGGACAUGUAAGCUAAGGAAAUGGGACCGCUGCAUCAGUGAAGACAAGCUCAUCUACUUAACUUUUAGUUUUCGAUAUUCAUUUGAUAUAGUGCUCCACCAGCUCAUUGGUUCCAUAUUUUAAUAGAAUAUAAUUCGAAAAUAAGCGUGGAUUUAGGUAAAUUGCGACGACAUAUCCCUAACCAAUUACUGAAUUAAGAAAAAGGUUAUGUGGAAAAUAGUUUUGCUUGACCUUGUUGAUCUCUACGCGCUACUUUAUUAUCGUAGCCAGGCCACACACAUUAAAGUGAAAAUCGACUACGCACUCUGCGGAACUUAAUCAAUAAAGUGCUCGAUGCCUGAAUCAACUGUAAUUGUUGUUAAACACUGAUCAAACCAAGUGUUUCUAUGUAUGGCAGAUUCUAUGUUGGGCCCUUUUUCAUGUUUCCCUGUGAUGUUGAUGUGACUCGCACUAAAUCUAAACAGCAGAAAAGAAGGCGUCAUGGUACGAUGAUGGCGUCAAAGGAUGCAAUGAUCGUAAAAAUAAAUUGUCCAUGUAAUUAUGGUUGGACUAUUAAGAGCCAUGCGUUGUUUGAGUACCAAGCAAUAUUGCGAGGUGGACUAUGCUAUAGGACAACUUGCGUAUUGCCAGUCCUUACCCAUUACUAGAUCGCAUUUCCAUUUCUGAGCAGUGAACUGAUGUGAGCAAUAAUCAAUUCUAUGGAAACGGUGAAGAAUUUGUUCUUUGGUGAAAUGGUAAAGUAUUUAGGAAUAUGUUGCUUUAACAGUUCUCAAUGAGUUUAAGUGCGCAUCGGAUAAACAACGAAUCAGAUGAUGUUUAGCGCUGGAGCGCAAAUGUCUUCGGUGUCAAUGAAAAACAAAUAAUAUUAGAACCCAAAUGGAACGAACAGGCUGCCGCUGAAUAAUUAUACCUUCGAAAUCUCUUUAUCGUCGCCUUCGAAAUGCUAUAUAUUCUCCGUCCACUAUAAUUCCGACUGAAAAAAAAGGAACAAUUUUUAAAGACGCUGCCACUGCGGUAGAACUUAGAUUGAGCUUGGCCAAUCUAUGGCAAAGACAAAAGGCGCUUUGACAACAAUACAGCUUGUAAAAUGAAAGAGCAGUCCAAGUAUGGAAACUCAAAACGUUCAGUAUUGUGAGACCCCCUAUAUAGAAGAUUUGGCAGUGCAUGAAUUUUGUUGGAUGAAAUAUUCGUCACUGACCUUUAUCAAAACAAAAAAAAUAAACAGGUACCGAAUGACAACUUUUAGAGCCUCUAUCACAUUGUUGCAUACGCACCUUUACGUGAAGGAGAUUUGAUGUGAUUGGAUGCUUUAACACAUUUAAAUACAAGGUUUAACAUUACAGAGUUAAACGUUUUAAGAUUUAAGAAUUAUAGCAGUUAGAAUUAUCGUAAUGGUUAAGCAAAUUAAGCUGAGCUGAUGCCAAUUAGAUCAAGCUUUCGGUUAGAGCGGAGUGUUAGCUUUAAAUGUAAUGCUUUUUAACAUCGCUAAAUAUAUCGUGUAUUUAUAAGGAUAGCCAGCAUUGAACAAUUCUGUUUACAAGCAUUCAUAAACGAUAACAGUUAAGCUUUAUUGGAAUUAAAUCAUUAAUGCAGUGAUGUACAGUAAUAUCAUAUAGCGCCUUGCUUGUUUCUAAUAUACGCAGCGCAGCACUCUUCCUCUGCAUUAGCUUUGCCGUGCCUUCAGUAGGUAAAACAGCAAUUAUUCAAUGUUUAGUCUUAUAAGAAAAGAUUCGUAUAAAAUCAAUUUGGUGAACCGCUUGUUACGUCUACGAACAUUUUCCAAGUACCUAAAUUGUUCUACGGUGCCCCAGUUACCGUCAGUAUAAUGUGAAACCUGAUUACAGGAUGAUUACACCAAACAAAGAAACCGAUUUGCGCGGUUUCUUCAACUAUCAGCUACGGUUUUUCUAAAAAAAAUGUGGGCACCAGCUGCGUCGUUACAUCGUUAUCACAAACUGCUAUUCCUUAUACAGAUAUAGAAAAUAAGUGACAAAUUUACGUAUCUUUUUUCGUGUAUAUGCUAUGUAUCUUUGAAAAAAAAAUGCGCAGAUAUGCCUGAAAAGAGCUUCGUUAUGUAGUUACGUUUUCCUUAUUUUAACUUUUUUCAUCGUAUGUUACCGUUUAGAGUAAAAUGCGAUGGAAGAGCAUUUUUUAACAAAGAGCAGAAAACGUGGCCGCGCCCUUUGGGUUCAAGUUGACCUUCUAACAACGUCCCAUUAACAUGCAUAAAUCGCAUUGUCGAAGCUAGUAAGAACACGUUGAAGGUGGUAACCUUAUUACCGAGCUGUUGUUAGGAUAAGCUACCAAUCGGCGAACUAUUGGUAGACAGGUGUAAAUCGAGUCGGCUUUCAACUGACAUCGAAUAUAUGUGUCUGGAUUGAACACGGAUCCUUUGUGUUGUGGCACAAAAGGAAACAUGUCUUAACAGAGGAAAUAUAUACAGUAAAUAUAUAACCGUCGCGUAUUCAUCUCUAUUUCAUUAUUCAUUCAAAGGUCCUAAUUGAGGUUCAAGCGAAGAUACAAAUGUCCAUAAAAACAAAAUAAUCCAUGAAGUAUGUUUCUCACAUAUUUUGUUAUGAUAUUUUUGAGACUGUUUGCGCACUAUUCUUAAGCAAUAUAUUCUUGGGGUAGGAGAUAGUGUUUACUGUAUCUUGAUUACUUUGAGUACUUUUCAGAGCUAUGGUUGUCCAAUAAUGCUGUUUAAUUUUUGUAUGGUUCUACUGGUAACUACAAUGUAAA